UGUUUUAAGAAAAAAUAGAUCGGCUGCGGCUGUGCGCGUGUGUCUGCGUUGCGAGUGUCGUCGUUUUGAUUCCCCUCUCUCUCUCUCUCUCUCCACCUUCACUCACUCUGCAUGCUUCUUCUUCUUCUCUCACUCUGAUUCCGCGAAAUCAAAUCAAAAUCAGCUUCUCGGAAUCGAAUCUCAGAUCUCGGAGAUCAGAAAUGGUGGAUCCAACUGGAAAAGGAUCGGAGAUUGAAGUCGAGGACUCAAACUCAAACCCUAACGCUCCUUCCUCAGGGAACAGUCCAAGCAGCAACAAUGAGCAGAAGAAAACCUGCGCCGAUUGCGGCACCACCAAGACUCCUCUCUGGAGGGGUGGUCCUGCAGGACCCAAGUCUCUGUGCAACGCGUGCGGGAUCAGAAGCAGGAAGAAGAAGAGAGCGAUCUUGGGAAUAAACAAGGGGAGCAACGAGGACGGAAGGAAAGGAAAGAGGACCGGCGGCGCUUUGGGGAAGGAGGUGUUGUUGCACCGAUCGCAUUGGAAGAAGCUCGGAGAGGAAGAGAAAGCUGCGGUCUUGUUGAUGUCGCUCUCUUAUGGAUCCGUUUAUGCCUGAACUGAACCAGAAUUAAUCAAUUAUUAUUAUUAUUCUAGUUCUAGAUGAACAAUUAUUGAGGAGAAUUCUAGAUUUUGUUUUAGGAUGUUCCUUCCCCUAACCCUUUCCCGAAGUGUAUAUGUUUAGUUUUUUUUUUUUCUCUGUUGAAUGAGUGUGUGGGUUGGAUGUCAACAACAGUUGUAAGAAAUGAAAUUAUUCAAGUCCAAUUUUGGUAAUAUAGUUAGUCCUUUAUUUUCA